AUGGUUUCUUCUAAUUAUAAAGGAUUUGUUUAUUUACUUCACCCAACACCAGAGUUAUGGACACAAGUCUUACCACAUCGUACACAGAUUCUUUACAUUGCUGAUAUUUCAUUCAUUUCAACUCAACUAGAACUAAAACCUGGUGUAAAAAUGAUUGAAUCAGGUACUGGAUCAGGUUCAUUUUCGCAUUCGAUUGCUCGUACCAUUGCUCCAACUGGUAAAUUAUACAGUUUUGAAUAUCAUGAAGAAAGGGCAAAUUUAGCACAAAAAGAAUUUGAGGAACAUGGAUUAGGAGAUGUUAUAAAAAUGCAUCAUAGGGAUGUCUGUAAGGAUGGAUUUCAAUUAAAGGAUGAAGUAAAUGCUGUAUUUUUGGAUUUACCAGCUCCAUGGGAUGCGAUUGCUUCUGCUAAAGAGGCCUUCAAACAAGACAGAACCGGUAAGAUUUGUUGUUUUAGUCCUUGCAUUGAACAAGUUGCUAGAACUGUGGCUGCUUUAGAAGAAUACGGUUUUAUUGAGAUUACAAUGUAUGAAUGCUUGAUUCGUGAACAUACUGUCUCUCCUUUACAAAAAGUUGAAUUUUCAACCGCAAUUAAAGAAGCAAAAGAAAGAAGAGCACAAGGACUACCUACUUCAGAAAACUCAUCAAUUAAAAGGAAAUUUGGUAAAGAUGAGCCAACUCCUUUACCAGAAGAAAUCGAACAAACGGCCAAUUUAAUGUUAGUGUCAAAGACAUUAGGUGAAACAAGAGGACAUACAAGUUAUUUAACUUUUGCUACCUUUUUGCCUCCUACUGCUUCAGAUGUAGUUACUAACAAUAGUAGUGACUCAAACUAG